AUGACCGCCUCAUCCGGCCCCCAACCCGGCCCCGGCCACCCGGCCGUGCCCGCCGAUCCCCGUUCACCGGUCCCUGUCCCUCCCUCCGCCUCAGCACCCAGCAACACCAAAGACACCACCACCACCAGCAGCUUACCCCAAGAGACCUCAGAGGACCCAACACCAGUUACCCCGCCUCCAGCAGAAGACGAGGACAACGACACCGCCGCAGCCUACGAGUCCCGCCACGUCCACACAGUCUACGAGGCCAUCGCCCCGCACUUCUCCUCAACCCGCUACAAGCCCUGGCCCCUCGUCGCCUCCUUCCUGCUCUCCCUUACCCCGGGAUCCGUCGGCCUCGACGCGGGCUGCGGUAAUGGGAAAUACAUUGGCGUCAACCCCGACCUCUUCAUCGUCGCCUCGGACCGGAGCGCGAACCUCGUCUCGCUGGCGAGGAGUUACCAGCCGCCGCACUUUGAUGCCGCUGCCGCCCCCAAGAAGAAGAAGACCAAAGGCGGCAACAAGAAGGCAACUGCCACAGACGCCUCGAUCUCGGAAAGCACCGCGCCGCCGGUAGCACCACCACCACCACCACCACCAAAGAACCAGGUCCUCGUAGCAGACUCCCUAGCUCUCCCCUACCGCACCUCCGCCUUUGAUUUCGCCAUCUCCAUCGCCGUAAUCCACCACAUGUCCACCCGCGAACGCCGCCGCGCCGCCGUCGCGGCUCUCCUCUCCGCCGUGCGGCCCGGCACCGCCACGGAGCAAGGGGGCAAAGUGCUCGUCAUGGUCUGGGCCCUGGAGCAAGGCAACAGCCGGCGCGGGUGGGACGCCGGCGCGGCGCAGGAUCAGCUCGUGUCGUGGGUGACAAAGGGGAAGAAGGAGAAGGAGAAGGAGAAGAAGCCCGAAGGCAAGUGGCAAGAGAAGGAGCAAGAGAAGGAGAAAGCGGCCGAACCCGCCAGGGAUGAGACGUUCCAGAGGUAUUACCACCUCUACCGCGAGGGCGAGCUCGAGGAGGACGUUGUGGAGGUCGGGGGUAGGGUGCUUGAGAGUGGUUAUGAGAAGGAUAACUGGUGGGCCAUUUUUUGUCGGGACUCAUGA